CACGGCUGCUCGGGAGCGCGCUCCAGGGCUCCGCCCCUUCUCCAUCCUGCUGGCCGGCUCCGGGGUCCGCUGCCGGCACUGGCUGGGUCAUCCAGGCAAGCAGUGACCACUGAAAGGAGACAGCAAAAGGAAUUCAUCUUAUUACCAGUGGGAUUUAAACAUUUGUGAAAUUUAAAAUUGGCUUACAGAAGGUGCAGGUUUGGGCAGAUCUGAAGACUGAUGUUUUAUAAACUCAUAGAACAGGAGAAACUGGCUCAUAGAAGUUCUGAAACCUGCCCAAGGUCACACAACUUUAUACAAAAGUUUUUGAGCAGAGAAAUGCUUUAGAAAUGUUAAUUUGGCAAUGCAUAUAGGAUGGAUACAGGGGAAGAAAAAGCAGUUAGGCCGAAAGAACUGAAAAUCUGAAUUGAGUGAUUACAGUGGGAACUGGAAGAGAUGGUUGCAAAUGACUUACAGAGGUAGAAUUACUAUCCCUUAGUGACAUCAUGUGAAGACUUUGGAAUAGAGAACCUAAGGUUACUCUAGAUAAGCUGGAAAAAUGGUAAUGCCGAUUACUGAUAUAGAACAAGCAUGAACUGUUUUGGAAAUUAAGAGGAUUUGUUUUUGACUGUUCUUUCAGGAAAGAUUUAUUGAGUGAUUACUAUGAGCAAGACUCUCUGCUAGACUUGUGUGGAGAAAUGGAGUCCCUCAUCAAGGAUCUUAUCUACUUAAGGCACUCUCCUAAAUUUUUAUGCAGUAGGGGAUAAUGAGCUAUAAGAGAUGUGCAAAUCAAAUAUUCUCAGAGAAUGGGAUGCUUAUUUACAGAUACAAAGGGAUCAGGAAAGGUUGUGUGCAGAAGAUGACAUUUGAGCUCAGUGUUGAUGAGUAGGGUAACCUCGGUGGUGCAGUGGUUAAGAGCUAUGGCUGCUAACUAAAAAGGUUGGCAGUUCGAAUCCACCAGCUGCUCCUUAGAAACCCUAUUGGGCAGUUCUCCUCUGUCCUAGAGGGUCUCUAUUUUGGUUUGAUGACUAGGAAGAAUUUGGACCUGCAAAAACAAAGCGGAGGGUGGGGGACCAUAUUUCUAGCAAAUGGGUGGACAAAAUGUUUUGAAAAUCUGUUUUACCAAAACACUUAAAUGCUGAAAAAAGUAUAUUGUCACUUAAAUGCUGAAUAAGGUAUAUUAGCCUUUUAAAUGCGUAGCUUAUCAUGUGAGAAAGAAAGGGAAAUUCCUAGGACUCAAAAGUCAGAAUGAAAGCUAAACCAGAGUGGUAAGCUGGCAUCGAGGCUCCUUUUGGGGCAUUUGGCUGAUAGAAAUAAAGCACCUGAGAUAGAUAGACUUCAGGCCGCUGAACCUCCCAGGUGCACAGCUCCAGGCUGCGCGAUUCACAUGGUCAUCUGUGUUAAAGUACCUGUGUUUCAGAGGUGGCAUUUUCAUAAAAUACAAAUAUUUCUGCUUAAAAUUAUACAACUCAUGGCCUAGGAGAACCACCUUCUUCAAAUUCAGCCAGGACCCUCAAAAGUCUACACACAGUGAAAGGAGCUGGAAAUAUAAUCGUGAACAAAACAAUUGGUUCCUGCUCUCACAGAACUUAAAAUUUAGUGAGGAAGAGAAAACCAAACAAGCAAGUAAUAGUUAAGUGGGAUGUCUCAGUUGGGCAAGUAAAUGGAGUUAGUGGAAACAAAGGGACACUCAGCUGAAGCUAGAAGAAUUGGGACCUAAAAGAUGUAUACGAGUUAACUGGUGGAGAAGGAGUGAUAGCAUUGUGCUGUAUCAUCCAGACAGAAAUGACAAUGUAUGGACAUAUUAAGAUGUGCAAGAGAGAGUGACCCAUUUGAAGAUCUGAAAGAAAUUUGUUCUGGCAGUAUAGCGUAGUGAUUUGGGGUUAGACAGCCGGGAUUUGAAUCCUUUCUCUACCUUUUUCUAGCCCUGUGACCUUGGGCAAUUCUCUUAACCUCUUUAUGAUUCUUUCAAAUUGUAUGCUUGUAAUUAUAAAUGAAGUGUUUAAGAUGCUUAAUUGUUGACACAUUGUAAACACUAAGUGUUUGCAUUUAUAAUGAUAAAAUGGCUAGAGCAAGGAAUUGGGAGCAAACAAGGAGUGGCCAAAGAUGAAUAUAGAAAGAUAAGUAGAGACCAGAUGAUGCCAGGAUUUUGUAGACCAUAUUAAGGAGGAAAAAUUAUUUGUAUGGGCCCAGGUAAGCCAUGGAAGGAUUCUUCAUAGGAGAGUAAUGUGGUCAGGUUGGUGUUUUAGAAGCAUCACUCUGGUUUUAGACUGGAGUCUAGACUGGUUGUGGUCAAGACUGCAGAAGGACCAAGGACCAUUUAGGAGAUUAUUAAAUCUGGCCAAGAGAUGAUAGUAGUUUAGAUAGGUUAGUGGCAGUGAUGAUAGAAGGGAUAGAUAGAAAAGAAAUUCAGAAGGUAGAACAAACAGUAUUUGGUGCUUGGCUGUGUGUGGGAAGAGAGGGAGAGAGAAGGUUCAGACUAUGGCAAGUGGGUGAAUCUUGAUUUUGUUUACUGAGAAAGGGGAGGAGAGCAGGGUUAGGGGAUGGUGUAGGGGAUGAUAUCAGAAGUGGAACAGUUCAGCUGGUUAACUGCCAAGAUUGUGGAAGUGGAUGGUUAAAGUGGAAUAGAGGAAACCCUUGUGAAUUAUCUUUUCUAGAUUUUUCUGCUUCAGAAGACCUGUUUGAGAUGUGGUGGUUUCAGCAAGGCCUCAGUUUCCUCCCUUCAGCCCUUGUAAUUUGGACCGCCGCUGCUUUCAUCUUUUCAUACAUUACUGCGAUAACACUCCAUCAUGUCGACCCUGUUUUGCCUUAUAUCAGUGACACUGGUACAGUAGCUCCAGAGAAAUGCUUGUUUGGGGCAAUGUUAAAUGUCACUGCAGUUUUAUGCGUUGCUACCAUUUAUGUUCGUUAUAAGCAAGUCCAUGCUCUGAAUCCUGAAGAGAAUCGUAUCAUCAGAUUAAACAAAGCUGGCCUUGUACUUGGAUUACUGAGUUGCUUAGGACUUUCUAUUGUGGCAAACUUCCAGAAAACAACCCUUUUUCUUGCACAUGUAAGUGGAGCUGUGCUGACAUUUGGUCUGGGCUCAUUAUAUAUGUUUGUUCAGACUAUCCUUUCCUACCAAAUGCAGCCCAGAAUUCAUGGCAAGCAAGUCUUCUGGAUCAGACUGCUGAUGGUUAUCUGGUGUGCAGUAAGUGCAUUUAGCAUGCUGACUUGCUCAUCCCUUUUGUACAAUGGCAGUUUUGGCACUGAUAUAGUACAGAAACUCCACUGGAACCCUGAGGACAAAGGUUAUGUGCUUCACAUGAUAACCACUGCAGCAGAAUGGUCCAUGUCAUUUUCCUUUGUUUGCUUUUUUCUGACUUAUAUUCGUGAUUUUCAGAAAAUUUCCUUACGGGUGGAAGCCAAUUUACAAGGAUUAACUCUCUAUGACACUGCUCCUUGCCCAGUUAACAAUGAACGAACACGACUACUUUCCAGAGACUUAUGAUGAAAGGAUAAAAUCUUUCUGUGAUGAUUAUGAUUCUCAGGGAUUGGAGAAACAUUCACAAAUGCCAGUUAUUCUGCUCUGCAAUUUUCCACCAAUUAAUCAAGACUGACACUGACAUUUAUGAAUACCGAUAAUCAAGAGACAUAAAGUAAGCCAUUUGAUAAGUUAUUUUAAAGGAUAUCAUCAAGAGGACGAUUUAAAACAUUUAUGCCUAUACUUUUUUUAUCCCAGAAAAUAAAACCAAAGGACUACAACUUGUAGUUUUUCUACUUUAUUUAAGAGAAACAUCCAGAAGUACACCAAGCAGGCUGCAAAACCCAGCAUUUCAUAUUCUGUAAAUCAUUGCAAAGCAUGUUAUGUUUGGAGCGUUUUUCUAGGACUUCAAGUAAUCAGCAUGGGCAACUCCUUUAGAAUUGGGUUUUGAAGCAACAGUUCUGUCAUUAAUUUUAUGUCUUUAUCAGCGCAGUCUAUAACUCUGGAUUUGAAAACUUUAGUAUAAAAAUAGUGAAGGUGAUAUUUCUAGGUUCUUUGCUUUCCCAAAAGUCAUAAAAUACAUUUUUUAUAGUCUUUUUUAUAUUUUUGUUCUGGAAUUCACCUAUAAAGGGAAGCAGACCUGAAUUCAUGUGAGCUCAUUCUUUACGUAAGCUUUGCACAAGAGACUCUAACUGGUCUGUCACACAUACUUGCAAUAGAUUCAUGAAACAGUCUCUGGUAUAAGAUUUUAAUCAUCAAUAAAAGAGAUGUAGCUAUAGGUAAAAGAUUUAUUCCAGUCAUGGGUUACAUGAAACAAGGAUUAGUAUUCAUAAACAAGACUGAGAAGUUUGUGAAUAACAGCGAAUAGAGCUAUAUCAAGCAAAAGUCACCUCAAACUGCAGUCAAGUGCUUCUUAGAUAUUCAUUCACUGCCAGUUAUAGUUUCUUGUAAAGGUAGUCUUAAACAGGCAAAUUUUGAGCUUUUUUAAGGGAAUUGAUUUUUGUAGGCUCUAAAUUCUAAAGAACAAUCUUAGCAGUUGAGAAAAAUUAGGUUCAAAAUAAUUAUGAUGCAUUCAUCUACCAAAACAGUAUUCUCUGGUCAUGGAAGUGGCUGGAUGGCUUUUACUUAGAUCCUUACUGUGCAAGCAAAGAAUUCUUUACGGAUCCCUGAUGAAAUUCAAAAGAAGAAAAUGCUUGUGUAGAAGGUGUGUACUGACACACUGGUUUGCAAAAGAAUCUUUCAAAAAGAUUAACAGGGUUCAUCUUUUUAGAAGAGAUGGGUCUGUGAUGAAAAGAAAAGGUGAUGAGAACAAGUUUAAAGUGUAAGAGGGAACAAUUUAAGGGAAAAUGCUUAAAUAAUGGAAUCUGAGUUCUCAAUUAUGAAUAAAUUAUUGGAUAUAGGACUUAGUAAUAUUUCUGAAGACAUUCUAGACUAAUAAGACAGAAAACAGAAUAAAAUAAAUACUGUUUACUUACAUCAGACGACAGUGAACAUGGGAGACAUUUCACUAAACAGUGAUAGAUUGGUUGCAUCACUAAAAAAAAAAAAAAAAAAAUCAGGAACAAACCAUAAAACAUCAUGUCCCCAAAAAUCAUGGUGCAGCCACACCUGUGAAACAGCAUCUAGUCCUGAUUGCUGUAUAUCAAGAAAGCUGUCAUUGAAGCUGCGAAGGACCACUGUAUGGUGGGGAGAUGAAAUAUUCUUCAGCCUGUAAAAACUGAUGGCUGAGAGGAAAAUACAACCAAAGUACAUAAUUUUGUAAGUUACAUGUGAGAAAGGAGGUACAGGGAUGAACAUGGACUUGUUUGUCCUUUCCUAGAAUAUUAGGCUUAGAGAUACAUACUAACACAGUGAAGAAAUUGUUAAGACAAAAAAACACUACUUUGAUAGUAUUUGAAUUCCUUUAGUUAACUUCUACCCUCAGAAAUAACAUAGACUGAAAAUAUUCAUAGGUUCAAGAAGGGAUAAGAUACCAGUAAAAACCAGUUGCUGUCGAGUCAACUCGUGACCACGUGUAGAGUAGAACUGCGCUCUACUCCAGCUGAUAGUCUGGAAGUAGAUCAACAGGUCUUUCUUCCAAGGUACCUCUGGGUGGACUCGAACCUCCACACUUUCCAUUAGCAGCUGAUCAUGUUAACCAUUUGCACCACCCAGGGACUCCAAGAGGUAAGAUAACUAUUCAUAAUAAGUAAAGAGAAAUUUGGAAUGUGUGUUCAUCCAUCAGCUAAGGCUAAGAUAGUGGAAGACAACCAUACCCCUCCCCCAAAUUGUGCCUCGCUUCCAGCAUCAGUUACAAAAUCUUAAGUGGACUGGUAAGGCAUUUCUAAUUCAAUCAGCGUUUUUGUGUUGAAUGUUUACCUUUCAGAAUAAGAAGUCUUAAGCUAACAAAAUUGUCAGAUAGUGCUAGUUGAUAAUGAAAAACUCAUUUUCUUUUUGUCCUGGGUACACAGGAAGAAACUCUGUUUUUAUCCAUUCCAGUUACUAAGAUUAUAUUGUAGCUUCUUUGAAUGGUAUCUCAUGUUGUAAAUGUUCAAUAAAUUAUGAGAAAGACACUUUUAUCUUUUCUGUAGUACACAGUACGGACUCAGUGCAAAAUGAAAGUUGAAUAAAUAUUGGCUUAUUACUG